GAGGAAUACGACUUGACAUUUAUCUAAUCGGUUCCUCGCAAACAAGGUCGAGGCGGAGGAGAGCGAGACUUGACGUUUAUCGGUAGCAAUGAGUUUCGCCGCGUGUUCGGCCGCCGACGUGCCGUGAAUUUCCGGUCGGUUUCCUCGUGUCUGUGCCAUAACCUAAAUGUUGUCGCGGAGUCAGCCAGCCGCCUCGCUUCCACAGAGUUAGUUUUGGGUCUUGUUCGGAGCUCAGCCAGCCGAGUUCGGUCACCUGCUGAGGAUGGGCUCCGCGCCGGAUCACCGUGACCCCACAGAGACGCCGGCGCUGCCCAGAAGACACGUCUCCGCGGUCUCCGUCGCCGGACACGUUCAGCAGGUCUUCAGCCACGUGAAAGUGGAAAACCUGGUGGCGGGACUGAGCGGCGGCGUGGUGUCCACUCUGGUGCUUCACCCACUGGACCUGGUGAAGAUCAGGUUUGCAGUGAGUGAUGGACUGGAGUUGAGGCCCAAGUACAGCGGCAUUCUUCACUGCAUGAAGAGCGUGUGGCAUCAGGAGGGAGUGAGGGGUCUGUACCAAGGGGUGACGCCCAACAUCUGGGGCGCAGGCUUGUCCUGGGGUCUCUACUUCUUCUUCUACAAUGCAAUCAAAGGCUCCACUAAGGAGGGCCGUGAGGCUGAGCUGAGCCCAGCAGAGCACCUGCUUUCGGCGGCUGAAGCAGGCAUCCUCACUCUCACCAUAACCAACCCGAUCUGGGUCACCAAGACCCGACUGGUUCUGCAGUACAGCGCCGACCCCAGCAGUAAGCAGUACAAGGGGAUGGUGGACGCCCUGGUGAAGAUCUACCGCCACGAGGGCCUGCCAGGACUUUACAAAUUGUGCCCUGCAGGGUUACGUUCCGGGUCUGUUCGGUACGUCUCACGGAGCCCUGCAGUUCAUGGCCUACGAAGAGCUCAAGAGAGACUACAACAAAUACAAGAAGGUGCCUUCAGACGCAAAGUUGAAUGCUCUGGAAUACAUCACAAUGGCAGCGCUGUCCAAAGUAUUCGCCGUCGCCACGACGUACCCGUAUCAGGUGGUGAGAGCGCGGCUCCAAGACCAGCACAACAGAUACGGCGGGGUCGUAGAUGUCAUCGGACGGACGUGGAGAAACGAAGGAGCUUCGGGCUUCUACAAAGGCAUCGUCCCAAAUUUGAUCCGCGUCACGCCGGCCUGCUGCAUCACUUUUGUGGUUUAUGAGAACGUGUCCCGCUUCCUUCUGGGGACAAAAUGAGAGAGACAGUGAGAACCCAGCAUGGACAGCCACACGGGGCACCAAGCUCCGGCUGAACCGUUGGAGGCGAAGAGGGGAGCGUGUUUCCCCAGAGGCUUUCCUUAAGUACGUGAAGAUGUGUAGAAGUGAGAAAAAAGUCAAAGCAGCAAAACAACUAACUCCUUUCCGGUCAAACAUAUAGAGGCGCAUUGGGGCCACUGAAGUAAAAAGAUUCUGACUUUAAUCUCAUAACUUUGGCUUUUUUUUCUUAGAAUGUUGGGGGGGGGGGGGGGGAGUUUUCUUGGAAUUUGGAUUUUUAUUUAUUUAUUUAUUUAUUCUUUCCCAGAAUUUUGACUUUUUUUCUCUAAUUUCUGACUUUUGAUUUUAGAAGAUUGAAGUCAAAAUUCUGAGGAAAAGAAAUCUGAAUUGUGAGAACAAAGUGAAAAUUUAGACUUUUGAUCUCAGAAGAUUAAAGCCAGAAUUCUAAAAAAAAAAGUUCAGAUUUUUUUAGAGAAAAGUCAAAAUCCUGAGAUUGAAUCCUGAAUUCUGAGGAGAAAAAAAAACACGUAAAUUUUUUUUCAGUGGCCUCAAUCCUAAAAGCAUGAUGGGAACACGUGUCUGAUUUAAGCGCACAGUUGGCUCGUGGGGAUGACUUGUUUCAGUUUGUCCCUUUGGAAACGGUAUAAAUGUGACAUGGCGACUACUUUGUCAAACGUGGGCGGCGUGUUGUAACGAUCUGUGGUGAAUUCAGCAUUCUCCCACAGAGGAAGGUUUGUUUACGUUUUCUGGCAACAGAAAGAUGAAAAACAGUCUAUUUAAAACUUGAUGAUCAGCAUCAAAAUCUCAGGACUGCAGUUUUAUCUUUAUUAUUAAUUAUCAAUGUGUGAACUGCAGCAUUGAUUAUGCUUUUUUUUUCCCCCCUCAUUACACAAACUAAGUGUAUUGUUUUAUGACAUUUUGCUAUGAAAUGUGAAGCGCUUUAUUAGCGUGUGAACACAAUAAAUGUUUUAUUUUUGACCUAUUUAA